CACAUUGCUUUUUCUAUAUAUUCUUAUGGCCCAUAACCUUAUUCUGAUACAUUCAUCCAUUCGUAUAACAUCCCACAAAAUUUCAAGAAAACUCAGAGAGAAUUCUUGACGAGAAAGAAACCAAAAAAAAAAUAAAAUUAUGGGGUGGUUCAUGAGAGGAAGAAGGGGAGUGAGCUGGAGAGAUCAAACCCUAGAUUCAAUAGCUGCACCUCCUUUGCCUUUGCUGGUGUUUUUUGGUUUGCUGAUUAUGUUAAUGUUUCUUGCAAGUUAUUCACAUUACAAGGCAGAAGUGGAGAAAAGCAAGAUGAAUCUCAAGCUGCUAUUUUUUCUUUUGCCACUUUUGGUGAUUUUGAUGUUGAAUUUCAUGGUGGAUAACAGGUGGUGGUUCUACGCCGGAAUUUCACCACCAGCAUAUGAAACUGUACGUCAAGAGGGUAGUGCUCCAUGGGGUCUCUUGCUGCUGUUGGUGUUUCUUCUAGUUAUGGUUCAGUAUCAGUCUUCUAUUCAGUCGAGCUGGUUUCGUGCUUUUUAGUCUCAAUUAUGACAGUGGUGAAAAGUUAUAUUCUAACUACUUCGAUUGUACUUCAUAGUAUAUUCAGUACGUAUGAAGAUUCAAUCAAUUUUUCUAUGAUUUGUAUGUUUUGGUCAAGGUAGUGAAAAAAAAUUCCGUCUUUUUUUAUUUAAUUUUUUCUUGGAAUUGUUGGUGGUGUAGAAAGAAUCCUAUAGCUGCUGAAAUAAAGAUGAAACUUGUAUAUUUAAUGCGAUGAUUAUUUAGUUAGUUAA